UUAUCUGGCUAUGCGGCUACUCGGUGGCAUAUUUAAGCACAGAGAACAGACGAGACGAUCUCUCGCCAGUUACACAUUAUGGCUAAACUUCAGCAAAAUACGAACGUAGAACGCAUAAACAUGCGUUACUCUACAGGCACUAGUAACGCUGCAUCGCAGCCUUUGCAACGCUUGUAGUUAUGCGCUUGCUUUACUAUAUUUACGGUAGCCUUAAAACUGAGGGAAAUUCUGAGACCCGCCGUUGAGAACGUCAUGCGAAUUGUGCGUGUGGGUCGUGCAAGGGGGGCCGAGCAAGUAAAAAGUAAACACUGCGUCGAUGGAAGGAGACCAUCCGGGGUGCAGAAGCUGCAUUUCACUCGGGUGCUCUGCGUUUAGCAACACUUCGAGGGUCAACAUCGGGAUUUAUUCUUUACGCGCUGGAGUAUGCACCGUAACAAAAUAAGUCUAUUUUCCGUGGAUGACUUCUCGCCGCCAUAAAAUUUUUGGAUUAUUCAUUAAUUCAGUCUGGCUAUAUUUUCAGACACCACCGCUGCCUUCAUUGAAGCGCGUGUUUAAUGCCUGAUUCUUAUCAUAUUCUAUAUAACGUAGACUGCAGUCAUUUUUAGACAGGUUUUGUAAAUAGCACACGAUUCAAUUAACUUGUUUGUAAAUACUGGGAUUUUAAGAACGGGGUUCUUUUCUUGCUCGUGUUCUUCGGUCGUCGCGGCGAUACCGGCAUCACGUUCGCUAGCUAGUUGUAGAUAAUCCGCCGGGGAGAGAAGCCGGCAACAGACGGAUAAAAUGACUAUGUCCGUCCCGGAGAGGAACUCGGGGUCUGGGGGAAAGGAAGAGGAGAGUGAGGAUGAAAGCGAAAUCCUGGAGGAGAGCCCGUGCGGACGCUGGCAGAAGCGAAAGGAGCAGCUGAGCCAGGGUAAUGUCCCAGGCAUUGAAACUGCCUCUCUGGCCAUGGACACGGAGGAGGGGGUGGAGGUGGUGUGGAACGAAGUUCAGUUUUCUGACAAGAAGAUCUUCAAGGCCCUGGAAGACAAGAUCAAGGAGAUGUUCGAGAACCUGAUGCAGGUGGAGCACCCCAACAUCGUCAAGUUCCACAAGUACUGGCUGGACAUGAGGGAGAGCCGGGCGCGAGUGAUCUUCAUCACUGAGUACAUGUCAUCGGGCAGCCUCAAGCAGUUCCUGAAGAAAACCAAGAAAAACCAUAAGACUAUGAAUGUAAAGGCGUGGAAAAGGUGGUGCACGCAGAUCCUCUCCGCCCUCAGUUACCUCCACUCCUGUGACCCGCCCAUCAUCCACGGCAACCUCACCUGCGACAACAUCUUCAUCCAGCACAACGGGCUCAUCAAGAUCGGCUCAGUGUGGCACAGGCUGUUUGUGAACGUGUUCCCCGAGGCCGUCCACGGCAAAGUGCGGCACCAUCGAGACGAGCAGAGGAACCUGCACUUCUUCGCUCCGGAAUACGGCCUGGCUGAAGAUGACUACAGCAUCGACAUCUUUUCCUUCGGGAUCUGUGUCCUGGAGAUGGCUGUCUUGGAAAUCCAGGCCAAUGGAGACACUGUAGUGUCCAAGGAGGCCAUUACGCUUGCAGGACAGUCACUAGAAGACCCCCUCAUGAGAGAGUUCACCCAGUCCUGCCUGCGUCCUGAGGCGAAGCUGAGGCCCACGGCACACGACCUGCUCUUCCACCGGGUCCUGUUCGAGGUCCACUCCCUGAAGCUUCUGGCCGCCCACUGCUUCAUCAACAACCAGUACCUUCUCCCGGAGAACUGCUUGGAGGAGAAGACCAAGUCCUUCGACCCCAGCGGCAUCAUGGCCGAAAUCGAGCACGAGGACCGGCCGGGCGUCCAGCUCAAAUAUUCCCACGUCUCCCCUCUAGAACUGGACAAGUUCCUGGAGGACGUCAAAAACGGGAUCUACCCCCUGAUGAACUUCGCCUCCCAGCGACCCCACCCCAUCCCGCGCGCCCUCUCGCUGUCCCAGGAGCAGAUGGAGACGGUGCAGACCCCCACCCCUGAGCCCCAGGAGAUGGAGACCAGGAAGGUUGUACAGAUGCACUGUAAUCUGGAGUCUAAUGAGGAAGGGACCAAAACGCAUCUCUCUCUCUUCCUGAAGAUGGAUGACAAACUCCACCGGCAGCUCAGCUGCGACGUCCUGCCCUCUGACAGUCCGAAGGACCUGGCCAAUGAGCUGGUGCACUACGCCUUUAUCUGUGAGGAGGACUGCGAGAAGCUGGCCGGCUUCCUGGAGGAGGCGCUGUGUAAACACCAGGCUGGGGCGUCUGGCUCCCCUGGGCUGUGUUGAAGACGUGCUGUGCCCUGCCCCCUGUACAACUGCCCCCCACCACUGGGGGGGGGGGGGGGGGCGGCAUCAGAACAGGGGGGGGGGGCAUGAACGUAAGGUUGUCCCAGAGCCCACAUAACCAGGACUUAAGUGUCAGGACUCCUGGGUGGGGUCUGAAGGACAGAUUUUUUGGGGAGUUCAUGGAGGAGGGGCAAAAAAGAAAAAAAAGGUGCUCAGCUUUCAGCUGGUCAGAACGGGGCACGGAAGAUGACCACGGGACCCAGGCAUUGGGACCUUACAUCACAACAGCAAGCUUCCUGUGGGAGGACUGACAGAGCUCAGCCUUCCCACAGUGCUGCAGUCAUCAGGACUUUCUCUCUUGAUUUUGUCUAGACGCACUUCUUUUCUGCAUUUGUGAACGUGCUUCUUCCUCAUUGUCAUAUUAUAUAAGGACAGACAGAGUCGCAGCUCGUCUGAAAGGCUCAUUGAGGAGGAAACCUUUGACAGGAAACUGGAGGGCCUCAGAAAGUCCAGUCAUUAGAGAAAGACUGUACCUUCCCGAUAUCCGUGCUUUUAGUUCAACUUCUGAUUUUGAUACUGGUUUGCUAAUUAACUUAAUGUCUAAAAUUUGUCCAAAAAAAAGAAAAGAUUUAUUUCGUAAGGUUUAGCCACUUGUCACUGCUAAAAGGAGCUUACUUUCAAGAAGUCUGAAUUUCCAGAAUUUUCAGAAAUCAGAAUUAAAUUCAUAAAUGUACAGCUUCAAAUUUGUCUCGGCAGUAUAUUCUGUGUACGUAUCAGCUGGCCAGCCAGUGUGAAAUAAAAAAAAUAUAUAAAUGGAUAUAUAUAUAACCUUAUAAUGUUAUUAGCUUCCCCGUCAAGCAAAUUCUGAAAUAUAGGUAUGCUGUCUUUUUUUGGUUAAGGUUUUGCAUGUGUAGUCAGUCAGUCAGUCAAUCUAUCAAUCAAUCAAUCAGUCAGUCAGUCAGUCAGUCAGUCAGUCAGUCAGGCAAGCAAAUGACACGCAAGUGCCUUUGUUUGUCCCUUAGUGAUCCACAACAAUAUCUGUUCCGUCUGAUACUCGUUUUGUUUUUGUUUUUGUUUUUCCUUUAAAGUCUUAACUGAAUUUGCGGAACACUUCCGACACUUUGACAGAGUUUGAAAUGGACCGCGAGCCUCCUCCGUGAAAUAGCGUCCAUUCGUUGCAAUGGAAUGAGCCCCAUGAUCGGCGGGCGGGCUGUCGAUUUCGCGGCCGGUCGUUCUGGUGGCUCCGACUGACCAUGGGGCGCCCCGCCUCUGUGAGGACCGAAUGUAUUAAACGUGUGACCUUGUGAGCUUUCUCCCGUCUGUGGGGCUGCUGAUCUUCCAUCGCGGCCUUCGGCAGGUGUGUGCGUGCAGCGCCAGAGCUGUUAGUCCCGGAAAGAAGCUACUACAGCAGUAGUAACAUUAAGCACCCACCCCCCCGUACGCAAACAUGCACACACACACACUCACAUUCACACACAUACACAUACACGUGCACGCGCGCACACACACACAAUCACACACAAUCGCACAUUCGUGCAAGCAUGCACACAAAAACACUCACACUCUCACACACGCUCUCACACAAACGCUCACACAUGCAAGCGUGCACACACACACACACACUCAUACCCACACUCACUUGUGUGUGCGUGCAUACACACAGGGACACACACUCACACACGCAUAGGCAUGCACACACAAACACUCACUACAGGAUUACAGAAGAUGUGCUAAGAAUGACAGACUGUGAUUUGGUCAUUUGGCUGAAGGACAAAUGAGUAACCAUCCACUGCUCUUAAUGAAUGGCCAGUGGACAGUCAGACACAUUAAAUGUCCCAUUCUUAGACCUGUACGGGAUCCAUCUUAACUGUGGUUAACCAUAGACCGUGGUCCUGUUUUUCCUCAGCGGGACAGAAGAAAUUUAGAAGGUAAAUUUGGAGGAGAUAACCAGGCUGUGUGGCCAAAUUCUCCAGUAGACCGACUUAAACCUCCUCCACCGUCUGUUCUCAGUGUGUAAAUCACUGUUCAUUCUGGGGCCAUCCUGUGAACGAUUUACUCUUCGAUUUACUCUUAUUCUGUAUAUAAUGCUCUUAAGCAUUUUCUGCUAAUGCUUAUUAAAAAAUAUACAUUUUUAUUUCUGCAAGCUUUCAAAGAGGCUUUUCUGGUUCCCAUCAAUGCUCCUGCACGAUGUUAUGCCAGUGUCACUGUACGAGUACUAUUAAGCAAGUGUUUCCUUACUGUUCUUUACUACGGGCAUGACUGCAUGUUGUGCCUCUUCUCACACUAAUGGAGGGAUUUCGCAGAGCCUGGACAGUCCUCUCUGCCUCAGACUUCAGUACACCACCCAGUCAUGCGUCCUCUCCUCGUGGCUUAUUUAUAUCAGCCUCUGUUCUUACAGUACCACUACACCACCAAGAGCUUUAUUUUAGGGUGGGGCGUGAAAACCUGCAGGACGGUCGAUCUCCAGGAACAGGGUUGGGCAGCACUGCUCUAGCCGUUGAAUGAGGUCUGCUUUUGUUAGCGUUUUGAAAUGAAAACCUGCAGGACGGUAGAUCUCCAGGAACAGGGUUGGGCAGCCCUGCCUCAGCAGCUGAAAGAACAGCUCUCACAGCGGGCGCUUGACGAGAGGAAGGAAUGUCCUGUACUUGAAAAAAAGAGCAGACUUAACCCCACAGCCGUCCCAAAAUGCCUGCUGGAGUAUGUUUGACUGAAUGUGUCAUGACCUUGGCUUGCCUUGUCAGUUUUGUCCUCAUGUAAAAUAUUGUACUAUAAUAGUAAUAAUAAUAAUAAUAAUGACAAUGAUUAAAAUAAAGUAGUAAUGAGGAAACGGA